AUGGCGACUACAGUGGGAACCUCGCAGCUGCGCAUAUUCACAAGUUAUAACGGUAUAAAACGCCCCUUAAAUCAUGAAAACUAUAAGAUUUUGCGACAUGAGGAGAGCGAGCUAGAGCCUAAACUCUGGGAAGUGGCCCGUUGCACCACUGCCGCGCCAGGCUAUUUUACUCCGAAGUCGUUGCCAGGCUUUGGUGGAUUGCAAGAUGGAGGAAUGCGUGCGAAUAAUCCCACCGAAGCUGGACUCUGGGAGCUUGCUAUGAUAUGGCCAGAAAAUCCUCAGCCGAACCUUGUGUUAUCUGUGGGCACGGGGUUCGCGAAAGCGCCAACACAUGAGUUGUUGCAGCGACGUGGCUUCUGGCUGGACGGCUUCAUGCCACGCAUACUAAGUGCAUUUCUUGCUUCGCCGUGUUUGCACGGCCAGAACAGCUGGCUCGCACUUCUCAAUCGACUAGACAACGACAGUCGAGAAGCCUUUGUCAGAUUGAAUAUUGAAUUCGAAUCGGAAGAGCCGGCACUUGACGAUACAAAGCAAUUACCAUUGUUACAUGAUCUAGCACGUAACAGUAAAAUUGAUUACAUUCCGCUACGGAACAAGCUCUGGGCUCUCAGCUUCUUCUUCGAGAUCACAGCUUUGCCAAAGUUCGGGAGCGGUUCUUACACCUGUUAUGGAGUCGUUCGGUCUCGCUUCGACGACGUACGUCCUGUGUUGACAGCCAUCUGUCGACAGUACAACAAUCCAUCGAUCGCAGUGGAUGGUUGCCCAGCAAUAGAGCUGUCUACCGAACAAUGCUGUGCACAGUGUGGAUCACUAAGAUUUCCAGUACAAUUCGAUGUCAAACGUUUAGAGGAUACCAUGGACAUUGUGCUACGCUUCGAAGAGGGUCUACGUCAUAGCAUCUGCGGUUUGCCAACCUCCACCAGACGAGUUAUCGACCUUCAGAAAGCGUGGUUUGGCGACCACACAUCAACGUGGUCAUUGAGCACAGAUGAAUGUUGCGUCAAAACACGGAAGCGUAAAGAUACCACGGAUGACCGAGGUGCUGCUAAAAGGUCAAAGACCAUGUCGUAG